CUCUUUUCCUCAUUCUCCUCCACAGGAAGCAUGAUGUCAGCAGGGUUGUGUUCCAGGGCUUUAGUGGCUCUGUCCCUCUUGUCUGUAUAUGUGUAUGGGGACAUAUUUGCUGGAGGCCUUCAGUGGCAGGAUCCCAGUGACCCAUAUGUUGUAAAGGCAGCUACCUUUGCAGUCAGGGAGUACAAUAAACUACCCAAUGAGGUGUAUGAUUACAAGCUAAUGAAGAUUGUGUCUGCUGAAGCUCAGGUCGUUGCUGGUGUAAUCUAUGUUUUAAAUGUAGAAAUUGGUAGGACAGAUUGCAAGAGAGCCUCAACAAGUGAGAAGAGUUCCUGUGACAUCAUUCAAGACCCAAAAUUGGCCAAGACCUUAUUAUGCGAGUUUGCAGUACUGGAGGUGCCAUGGGAGAAUGUGGAAAGCCUUCUGUCAUCAUUCUGCAGGACCCUGCAGUAAAGACGUUAAUACCUGCACACACAAAACAUAUGUGACAUCCGCUGUGUUUAACGUAAUGCCUGAAAUGCGUGCAGGAAAAUUAAUACAUACCAUGUACACCGGUUCUAAACCAAAUAUAUUGAUAAAGUCCAAUGAUCUGUGAUCUUAAUGUACAAUCAAUGUACCAUUAGAGCUCAUUCACGUGGUUGUAUCAUAGCCCUGAUUUGACUGGAUCUGUGCUAGGGCUUUUAUAGAAGUGCAUGAGGCAUCUACUGUACCUCCAUAUGCCUUUAAUUUGAUCUGAACAAAUAAAGAUGGAUUCUGCAUAAAUGCAAUA